ACAAAACACAACACUUUACCCGAUCCAUAACCCCAUCUUCUCAUCUCUCACUCUCUCUCUAGAAGAGAGAAUUUCAAGAGAGAGAGAGAGAGAGAGAGAGAGAGUACGUGCAUAACAUAGCAAUGGCCAAAGUUGGGUCACUAGGAAACUAUGCUGCAGAACUGAAGCUUCUUCUCACAACUCUACUACUCCUCUGUGGUGUUGCCACUCUCCUUCAGUUCAUUCCUUCACGUUUCACUAUCUCAGCCUCUGAUCUCCGCUUCUGCAUCUCAAGAGUCUCCCAAGAACCACCACCACCACCACCAUCAUCUUCCUUAUCCGUUAGAGCACUUUCUUCCAUCAUGCAUGAACAAGUCCUUUCCAAUGGCACCAUAAAGCGUGCCUUCAACCCUUAUGGUUCCGCAGCCUACAACUUCAUCACCAUGGGAACAUACAGAGGAGGACUCAACACCUUCGCCAUUAUUGGCCUUGCUUCUAAGCCUCUUCAUGUCUAUGGCAACCCCACCUACGAGUGUGAGUGGGUUCCCAGAGUGAAAAACUCAACCUUUCCUUCAAAACCCAUCUCCGCAAUUGGCUAUAAGAUGCUCCCUGAUUGGGGCUAUGGCCAUGUGUACACGGUGGUGAUUGUUAACUGCACCUUCAAUGACACCACCAUCAAUGAGGACAACACUGGUGGCAAGUUGGUACUUCAUGCUUCUACCUCUGGCGCUGGUGACACCAAAUUCAAUGUCACAGACAGAAUGGAGGUUCUUGAAGAAGCACCAGGUGCUGUGAAUGCUUCACUCUUUGUGUCAAAGCCUAAGUAUGAGUAUUUCUAUUGUGGGUCUUGUUUGUUUGGGAACUUGAACCCUCAGAGAGUGAGAGAAUGGAUCGCUUAUCAUGUGAGGUUCUUUGGGCCAAGUUCACAUUUUGUGAUACAUGAUGCUGGUGGGGUUCAUGAGCAGGUGCUGGAGGUGUUGAAGCCGUGGAUGGAACUGGGGUAUGUGACAUUGCAGGAUAUUAGGGACCAAGAAAGGUUUGAUGGGUAUUAUCAUAACCAGUUCAUGGUGGUGAAUGAUUGCUUGCAUAGAUACAAGUUCAUGGCCAAGUGGAUGUUCUUUUUUGAUGUUGAUGAGUACAUUUAUGUGCCACCAAAAAGUACUAUUAAGUCUGUGCUUGACUCGCUUUCUGAAUAUUCUCAAUUCACCAUUGAACAGAUGCCUAUGAGCAGAAACAUUUGCCUAUCUGAUGAUUAUGGCAAAACUAACAGGAAAUGGGGUUUCGAAAAGCUUGUGUAUAGAGAUUCAAUCACAGGCAUCCGUAGAGAUAGAAAAUAUGCUGUGCAACCACGUAGCCUGUUUGCAACAGGGGUGCACAUGUCACAGAACCUAGCAGGAAAGACAACUCACAACACUGAAGGAAGGAUCAAAUACUUCCACUAUCAUGGAACCAUAGCAGAAAGAAAUGAAUCUUGUAAAAUACAUGUAAACUCAACACAGUUCACCUAUAACAAGAUUCCCUAUGUUUUGGACACUACAUUGAGGGACAUUGCUGGGAUAAUCAAGAAAUUUGAGAUCAAGAUGAUUGGAUCCAGGUUGCAAAAGACAAGGCAAUGAGUGACGUGCCUGAAAUCUCUCUUUACUUUUCCUUUGAUGGGGCUUUCCACACUACAAUUAUAUAAUUUAACUAUUGGUAGGAUAGAAAAUCAUUGAGUUUUUUUUUUUUAUUUAUUUAUUUCUGUAUUAUAGUUUUUUUAUUGCUAUUAUUAUUUGGUACAGAUACGGAU